GUUCUCGUGGAUUUACUGAACAGAUUGGUUGUUUGAUGAAGAAGGAAGGGCUAGCUUCUUUGUCUUUGUUGUUGGGUUUUGGAAUUGGUCAAUUGACUACUACCACCACCAGACAUACGGUGUCCUGUACAGUUCCCUAACAACGAACGAACACUCGACAGACCACCAACCCACCACCUCUUUACCGCACCGCACCGCACCGCACCGCACUGCUGUAACGCAUAACCUCCAACCUCUCCAACACCCAUACGAUUCCUUCACCCGCCGUUCUCAAGCUGCAAGCUGCAAGCUGUCCUACCCUCCGAAAUCCCAAAAGCAACCGCCAACAUGACAGACACCCCCCCUCCCCGCACAAACCCCAAAUACAACCUCCGCAACCCCCUCCCCCUCUCCGCCUCUCAAGAAGCCGAAGUCAAGCAAAUAUACUACAAGCGCGUACGAGGCCACUGCGCUGCUGAGAUUAAGGCUUUCGCCGAAUGCGCCGUCAACCGCACCGUAACAGCCACCUGGGUCUGUCGGGACCAGCGGCUCGCGAUGAAUAGCUGCAUGGUGGCGCACGCGAAGCCCGAGGAAGAGGACCGGGCGCGGGAGGAGUGGUUCGCGACGCAUGAGGAGCGGCGGCGCGCGGAGCAGGCCAAGCUGGAUGCGGUGGAGGAGCGACGCGCGAAGGUGAUUCAGAUGAUGCGGGAGGAUGAGGAGCGGAAGAGGCAGCAGGCUGGUCGUUAGUUGGGGGUGGUGGAUGUUGUUGGCUUCCUCGGCGUCAUGGUUUGUGUUGCUGCUAUGUUUUUGUAGGAGAUAUGGGCGUUUUUAUUUCUCUCUAAUUCUUGGUUUCACUUUUUUUUUGGUUUUGUUUUGGGGUUGUAUGCAGUGACUGGGGCUUGCAUAGAUGUGUACCCCCAUGUAUAGUAGAGUAGAAGGAAGCAGAGGAUGAUGAUGAUGAUGAUUUAAAAUGUGGAUGGAA